AUGGCAUCAAAUAAUAUUGGUGAAGACAAUGAUAGCUUUAAAGUAUGGUCAAGACCUACUGUAGAAAAAGAUAGUGCGCUUUGCAUUGCAUGUAAUAAAACUAUUAGAUGCUGCAACACAGAAUUAGAAAAUCAUAACGACAAGAACGACAAGAACGACAAGAACGACAAGAACGACAGCGACGACAAGAACGACAACGACGACAAGAACGACAAGAACGAUGACAAGAACGACAACGAUGACAAGAACGACAACGACGACAAGAACGACGACAAGAACGACAAGAACGACGAAUCUUUGGAUAUAGAUAAUAUAGAUAGUAUUCAAAAUGUAGAAAAUGUUUAUAAAGGUCCGGAAUGCGAAAAUUUGUUAGAAUCAGUAGAAGUGCUUAUACGUCUACCUUUACAAGAUUCUUUUUCUCAACCAUUAAAUUUUCUAGAUCCGAAAAUAUCUUCACAUGAUGAAGGUAGACAAAAAAUUAAAGACUUAACUUUAUAUUAUGAACCUUUGAUUUUAUUCUGUUCCUGA